GUGGCUCACCCAGACCUCCUCCGCGCAGGCGCCCGGGGCUGGAGCGCGUCUGGGCCGAAGCAGGAGCGCGCGGAUAUCUUGCCCUCCACCUGGGCCUGCGCGCGUUCGGGAGCGCGCCUUAUCUGCAUAGAACUUGCAGGGCCCUCAGCUUCCGGAUCGCACAGGAAACGUGUGCUGAUGACAGCCGGUGUGUGGGGAGCAGCCUUUGGAAGACGCCUAGUACAGCUCUCUCCACAGGGCCUGGAGACAUGGCCAGGAGGGCUCUCAAGCUUGCUUCAUGGACCAGCAUGGCUCUUGCUGCCUCUGGCUUCUACCUCUACAGCAACAAGUACUUGGACCCCAAUGACUUUGGUGCUGUCAGAGUGGGCAGAGCAGUUGCCACGACAGCUGUCAUCAGUUACGACUAUCUUACCUCCCUGAGGAGUGUUCCCUAUGGCUCAGAGGAAUACUUGCAGCUUCGAUCCAAGGUGCACCUCCGCUCUGCCAGGCGCCUCUGCGAGCUCUGCUGUGCCAACCGGGGCACGUUCAUCAAGGUGGGCCAGCACCUGGGAGCUCUGGAUUACCUGCUGCCGGAGGAGUACACCAGCACACUGAAGGUGCUACACAGCCAGGCCCCGCAGAGCAGCAUGCAGGAGGUCCGCCAGGUCAUCCGCGAGGACCUGGGCAAAGAGAUUCAUGAUUUGUUCGUGAGCUUUGAUGACACCCCUCUGGGAGCUGCCUCCCUGGCCCAGGUCCACAAGGCGGUGCUACAUGAUGGGCGGACGGUGGCCGUGAAGGUCCAGCACCCAAAGGUGCAGGCUCAGAGCUCGAAGGACAUUCUUCUGAUGGAGGUGCUCGUUCUGGCUGUGAAGCAGCUGUUUCCAGAGUUUGAGUUCAUGUGGUUGGUGGAUGAAGCCAAGAAGAACCUGCCUUUGGAGCUGGAUUUUCUCAACGAGGGGAGAAACGCCGAGAAAGUGGCCCAAAUGCUCAAGCACUUUGACUUCUUAAAGGUCCCCCGCAUCUACUGGGAGCUGUCCACCAAGCGGGUCCUUCUGAUGGAGUUUCUGGAUGGCGGGCAGGUCAAUGACAGAGACUACAUGGAGAAGAACAAGAUUGAUGUCAAUGAGAUCUCGCGCCACCUGGGCAAGAUGUACAGCGAGAUGAUCUUUGUCAACGGCUUCGUGCACUGUGACCCCCACCCGGGCAACGUGCUGGUGCGGAAGUGCCCGGGCUCGGGAAAGGUGGAGAUUGUCUUGUUGGACCAUGGGCUCUACCAGCGGUCACGGCAGCCAGGGACUAGGUCUUUCAUGGGGAGAGGAGGCCCAGGCCCUGCCAUGCUGCCCCCGCCGCAGGUGCUCACGGAAGAGUUCCGCCUGGAUUACUGCCACCUCUGGCAGUCGCUGAUCUGGACCGACAUGAAGAGCGUGAAGAAGUACAGCCAGCGCCUGGGAGCCGGGGACCUCUACCCCUUGUUUGCCUGCAUGCUGACAGCCCGGUCGUGGGACUCGGUCAACAGGGGCAUCGGCCAAACUCCAGUCACCGCCACUGAGGACUCAGAAAUCCGCAACAAUGCCGCCAGUUACCUGCCCCAGAUCAGCCAGCUCCUCAGCCACGUGCCCCGUCAGAUGCUGCUCCUCCUGAAGACCAAUGACCUGCUGCGGGGUAUCGAGGCCGCCCUGGGCACCCGCGCCAGCGCCAGCUCCUUCCUCCACAUGUCGCGCUGCUGCAUCAAGGCGCUGGCAGCGCACGAGAAGAAGAACACGCGUUCGUUCUUCAGAAGGACCCAGAUCUCUUUCAGUGAGGCCUUCAGCUUAUGGCAGAUCAACCUUCAUGAACUCAUCCUGCGUGUGAAGGGGCUGAGGCUGGCUGGCUGGGUCUUGGGCCUGCUCUGCUGGCUGUUGCCUGCUCCACACUGAGUGGACGUGCUGUCCCCUUCCCUGUGUGACCCUGUGGUGGCCAAGGGGUCUUUUCACUCCUCACUCUUCUAUCAUACCUCCGCCCGCUUGCCCCGUCUCUGCCAGCUGGUGGCCUGGAGCCCCACGGUCCCUGUGGGUGGCACCCUUAUGCUCCACCCCUGGAGUUCCUCACCCUCGGGGCCCUCGUCUUGGGGCCCCAGGCCGUGCCCUGUGAUGGGUUUCUCUCCGUAUCCAGGGCGAAGGCACGGCAGUCUGCUCUCCUGCUCCCUGUGGGCGCCAUUGGGUUGGAUCCCUCCCCCCGGCCCCUGUCCCCCACUUCCAUGAACGCUUCCUGUUGUCAGGAUGGACCAUGAAUCCACUGAGGGCACCUUUAACUCAUAGGAAGUUUGGUUUUGCUGGAGAGGAGCGUGGCCUCUGCACGGCUAGAGAACAGUUCCCUCUCCUUGCGCAGAGGUGCCGACCUUAGCGAGGCGGCUUGGCCCCUGAGCCGGGCUCUCAUGCCGCUGUGAGUUCACCGCUGUCGUGGUGACCCCUUUGGUGUUCUGUGUACUGUGAUUCAAUAAAAACCUCUUCAGGGCUGCAGGGCAGACUUUGGUCAGUGGGAUUUUUAUUCCAGGUGGGGAGUGAGUCCGCUUUGGCCACUAGGUAGGAGUGGACCUGAAUGCCACAUGCCAUUGUGAUCUGCGUGGCCUCUUGUCCCUGAAAUCCUUCCAGCCUUUCACUGCACGGCAGCUUCCUGCUUCUUGUGUGUUUCUCUCACUUUCUAAGACAGAUCCUGGUUGGAGUUGCUUGGAAGCCAAAGGCCAGGGACUCAGAGGCUCAGCUGAAACCUCCGACUCUGGUUCCCCCAAGUUCUCACCUCGUUCCCUGUGACCUGGCACCUGCCUUGUUCUACUGAUUGGCUCCUGACUUAGCCCUUGGAUUCACCUCUUGAUACCCCCAGUCCUGGAGACUGUCGUCUGAUCCGCGGGCACCCGUGUCUGGGCUUCCACUCUGAAACCUGCUUGUCACCCGUCUGGACUCUGCUUCUACCUUAUUGCCUGCUGCCCGCCUGCCCCUCCCCCCACUCGAUCACCUGCUCCUGUUUUGGGGACACCCGCAAUCUCUUGCUCUAACUCCUGUGUCUGUGUGGUCUCCAGGUCCCCAAGCUCUCACUGAGCACCAGGCUCACGGACAGUCAUUGUGUUUGAAUCUCUCUCUGCUUACUUCACCCCAUUCAUCAGGGCGGAAAAAACCCCAAAUCUGAGUCUCAUUUUCUGUCCUCUGUAUUCAUAAUACAACAAGUAGAUUUUUCACUGCCCAGAGGUGAUUCACCAUCCCUUUACUGCCUGAGAGAACUAACUGUUCUUAGUGACCAGUUAGAUGCGCCCAGGGACCUGAGAGAAUAAUUUGCGAGAUCUGUUAUGAAUCAUGAGGGUGUGUGCUGCAUAUUAUAUUUGAUGGUGUCUUUUAUAGCCACUGAAGUAAAUAUAAACGUCCUUUUGUUCAAGGUAAUGGUUACUUGCUUUUCACUUUUGGUUUAAUGGUUGGCUUCCUGGUGCUUAGGAUCUAAAACGUCAGCGUGUUGCCAGAGCCGUUAUCCAGAGAGAGCUGAGAGGCUGGGAGAGUUUGGGGUAGAGGGCAGUUUGAAAAUAGGAGGGGUCGAUGUUUACUGAGUGCCUUCCAUGUGUGAGAGAACAUGCUAGGCUCUUUGUAAAGAAGUUGCAUCACUGAUUUGCCUCAUCAGCUCUAUGAGGGUGAGGAGUCCUUAGUCCCAUCUCACAGACAUGGGAACUGAGGCUCAGAGAGGUUUAGUAAUUUGCUUGAAGUCACACAGCUGCUGAAUGAUGGGCCCUGCUUUGCUUUUUAUUUCACAGUGCUGGAGAAAUGGGUUACGCCUGCUCCUCGGGCGGUCAUAUGUGCCUGAAUUGUGACUCUAACACCCUGACUUCAGAGAAAGUUGGAUUUUCAGUGGAGGUGGGGGAAUGGAUGGGUAGAGGAGACAAAAAGUCCUGGAAAAUGCAGGCUGAGUCUUGCAUGUUCCUCGGGCCUAAGAGAGAAUGGAGCUGGACCACGGUGAUACUGCAGUGCAGUUCUGAUGCUGAGCACCUGGCGUUAGUAUAGACUCAGUUCCCAUAAGACGGCCCUCACUUCAGACACAAGUUGCAGGCUUGGGGGCCCCCAGGCCAUCUGCACUUUUGAGCAACUGACUACAAAUUUGGGGGUUCCCGUACCCCUCAGAUUUGAUAAUUUGCUGGAUGACUCACAGAACUCAGGAAAGCACUACAUUUGUGGCCAGACAAAUGAAGAGACACAUAGGGUGAGGUCUAGGAGGGUCCUGGAUGCAGAGCUUCUGGGCUCUUGCUGUGGAAGGAACCUCUUGGCCUAGAAAUAUGUUCACUGAGCUUCAGUGUCCAGCGUUUUUAUCAGGGUUUCAUGAUAGAUGCACAAUUGAUUGACUCAUUCAUCGCAUGAUUGAACACUAUCUCCAGCCCCUCUUCCCUCCCUGGAGAAGGUGGGGCACUGUCGCCCCCAUCCUGAGUCAUUUAGCAUAAACUCAGGUGUGAUCCAGGGGGCAUACCAUGAAUAGCAAAGAUACUCCCAUCACUAAGAAAGUCCAGGGACUGAGAGCUCACCUCCCAGGAGCAGACAGAGGGACAAAGACCAGACAGAUUCUUCAUUGUAUAGCAAUCACCCCAGCGUCUUCUCAUCCUGUGUACUUGGCCUGAGGUGCGGCUUCAUCGACUGACUGCUGGUCUGUGCCAGCUACCCCACGGGGUGGAGCCAUCUCUGCAGGGAGAGACAUAGGAGGCUCUCACACUCUCUAUUCUGCAGUUCAGAGAGCGCGCAUGUGAGUUCAGUGCGGGACCUUUGCCCUGCUCCCUUCUCUGUCCUCUGUCCUGUGGAACUUGCCGUACAUUGAUUUGGGUUUGGUGCUUCCAGUAAAACCCUGUGACUUUCUUCUCCCAGCAAUGACAAUGCGUCAGGAAGUCAGCACCAGCUUACUUUGAAGAGUGCUUUCUCUUUUAACCCUCAGAUCCUUAUUCAGUUUAGGCGUUGGCUUCUUUGAUUUGGGCAACUUGGCUAUAGUUCUCCUUCCCUCUUCUUGUUCGUCCACCUGAGGAGAAUUCCAAUUUGAUGGCCCAUUUGGCCUCUCAAAUAUGUGCCCAGCUCAUAGGAAGUGCACAUGUCCUGGUCUGUAGUAAGUGCUCAAUAAACACACAAAUAUUUAGACUCAGAAUACUUUGCUAUUUUCAGAGAUGUUGUAAUCUUUGUAUGUAUGUAUGUAUGUAUGUUUUAAGCUCUUUAUUGGAAUAUAAUUGCUUUACACUGUUGUGCUAGU